AUGCCAAUACCGAGCAGGGUGACCGAUGCGUCGCAGAAGUUCAUUAGCAUUGCCAUCGCGGAGCCACAUGCCAUGCACUCCAUGCUCGCAGUUGCGGCAUGUCACUGGCGAUAUCACCUAAAGUCGUACCGCCGCAGGUGUCCGAGUCAGAUGUUUCAUUCCAUGAAGGCCUGUGCUGGUCUAAGGCACUAUCUGGAAACUCCCCAGCGUGCAAAGAUUGAUGUCGACACCGCGAUGACGACGUCGAUGUUUUUAGGUUCUCUCGCAUUUGCAGACGCAACAGAAGAUUCAGAGGUGCCUCUCGAAAACCGGCCUGUCCCAUUUCACUGGCUUCGCAACCAGCUCAAUUUUGGAUCUCUUCUUGGUUACUUCCAAUCGACCGCGAAAAUGGAGAGCAUUUGCCUGGGUAUAUUUGGCGAGAUAACGCAGGAAACUCUGCAAUUGAACGGCAACAGCCCCGGAACGGAUGGAGUUCCGCGAGAGUGGGUGAUACUUUUCGACGUGGAGGAAACAUCCAUGUCCAAACAAGAUCGUUAUUCGAGUGUGCUUUGUAGGUUGUGUCACCUUUUAUCUCUGAAUCCGGACAAUGGCCUCGCUCUUCUUCAGUACAUGCAAUUCUUGGAGGGUUUGUCUUCACCAUUUGUCCUCCUCCUGAAUACUUUAGACAUAAGAGCACUCAUGCUUCUGUCCUACUGGCUGGCCUUGCUCUGCGCCAAGGACUGUUGGUGGUCACGCGUGCGUUCUAGGAUCGACUGCUGGGAGAUUUGCAAGUACCUCGAGAAGAAUGGAGACGAAUCAUUGUGGAGGUAUAUGGACUUUCCGGCAGUUGCCUGUGAUUAUCCAUACACUAGUUCCAGUUCAGCUGGGAGACAUCUGGUGGACCGGCUUAGACAAGAGAGAUCUCAAUAUAUGGAUCAUUAUGAUCCAAUCCGCGAGGAUUAA